UGUGCGCCGACUGAAUGCAGCCUUUGUCUCGGAUAACAGAUGCAAGUUAGGUAUAAGAUAUUUGACAAUUGACAUGCUACCACAUUCAACAUGGCAUGUUCAGGUCAGUGAAGAACUUGAACACAGACUUCAACUUAUUGAAAGCUCGCUAAAGAGGGUUGGAAUGAUCCUGGUCUCUGUUCAAGGUGAUGUCAUGCGAGUAAACAAAGCCAUAAAAGAGUUGUCAUUAGAAGCAGAAGGGAUAAGGCAGAAGAUUAGUCUUUUUGAUAACUCCAUGCAUCAGUUGGUAAGAGAGAGAGGUAUUAAGUCAUCAGAUAUCCAACAUUCAAUUAGAUUCCAGUCACCCAUGGGUAGAAAUUACAUGGAUUUAAAACUGUCUCUGAAGGGCAAUAUGGCAGGACAAGAAGUUGCUGUUGCACCACUGAUGAGGAACAAGGGAGGAUCUCCACUUUUAAAGAGAGAAGGAAAAUCAAAGUCAGUUAAACUGAAGCUGACAGAAUCAAAGCACAAUAUGAGACACAGACAUGAACUUCCUCAUAGAAAGCAGAUGAUUUUCCUGAGGAAAGGAGAACAAUUUAAUGGAGAAAAUUCAGGAAGACAGUAUGAGAAUCCUAAGGGAAGCUAGGAAGAGUACCAAAAUAAGGCAGACGAAUUCCAUCGCUGUGGAUUAAGUGUGAAGCUCUUAAUCCGAAGACACUGCUGCUCAGGAGAAGUUUAUUUCCUACCAACUAUGAAGGUAUGUGAUUUUGCUUCUAUUUUCAAUUACUGCUUUACAAUUGAAUUAAUUCCAACAGUAUUGUGUCGUUUCUGGUUUUGUUAGAUAUCCAGUUAUCAAUUAGAAAGGUGAUUUAGUUGGUACUUUCCCA